CAACGCAUGGAAAAGGGCAACAUCUGGAUUUCUGUGCUAUCAAGAAUCUGAUAUUUUACAUAACACACAACUGAACAUCUGUCCUGAAGUGAUUAUUAGUGUCUUUUCUGAGGCGACUAAAUCUCUGAAACAUAUUUAAUCUGUUCUAUGUGAUAAAACCUCCCCUACACCCCCACCCCAGUGAAAACCAGGUCUGAACUACAUCACGACAUUACAACAGAUACGUGUUUAAAUGUGCAGCUUUUUAACACAACACAGGGACAUUUACACAUAAUGGCGGCCGACGUACAACAGGGGACGUGUCGAUAAGAAAUCACAAAUUCUUCUUAAUCUACUGUAGCUUCAAAAGAACGGUUUUCGAGGAAUCGUUGUUGAUUUCCAGAACUUUACAGAGAGGACGACAGGCUGUGAUUUUACAGGGUAACACUUUGUGUCCCAGAAACCAGGAUUUUGACCUGUUGAUCUGUCGCCGUCCUUGUCCCGGCCAAUGAUUGACUAACGGCUGAGUUGUCCUGGUUGUCGACCCAACGCACCCAAAGGAAACCCAUCAAUAUAACCGGAGGUCCGUGUGCGAGUGAGUCGACUAUGAGCUGCUGGUUUCGGGGUCGCACCAUGGACCUGUACACAGCAGCUCUCCUCCUGGGAGCCCUGACCUGCACCGUGAGCGGUACAGACGUCAGAGGCUACGCCAAAACCGAAGGGGCGUGGAUCCUCUCGCUGAACAAGCGACAGUACAUGUUGAGCUCUGCGGCUGAAUGUGCCACCAAAUGUGACAGUGAAACCACUUUCACCUGCAAGGCGUUCAUGUACGUUGAGAAGGAUCAGGAGUGCUGGACGGCCACAGAGAACUCCAAAUCAGAGACCAUCCUGCGUCGACCCAGCGCAGCUUUAUAUGAAAAACAAGAAUACCUCCAGGAGUGUGUACAUGGACUGGGAACAGAUUACAGAGGAACAAAGUCCAAAACAAAAUCGGGAAAGACGUGUCAGAGAUGGAAAGCGAAGUUCCCUCACGUGCCGAACAUGACACCAGAGACUCACCCCCUGGCAGACCUGGACUCUAACUUCUGCAGAAACCCUGAUGGAGACAGCGGGGGGCCCUGGUGUUACACCACCGACUCCAGCACCCGGUGGGAGCACUGCAACGUAGCCAGCUGCACCGAGGAGUGUAUUCACUGCAGUGGUGAGGACUACAGAGGAAAGAUCUCCACCACUGAAAGCGGCUUCGCUUGCCAACGCUGGGAUUCCCAGAAGCCUCACAACCACGGUUACAUCCCCAGCGCUCUCCCAGAAAAGUAUCUUGAGGAGAAUUACUGCAGAAACCCUGAUGGAGACCCCCGACCCUGGUGCUUCACCACCAGCUCAACCAAGAGAUGGGACUUCUGCUCCAUUCCCCGCUGCGCCUCCGAGCCGCCCACCAUCGUCCCGGAGCUGACCUGUGCCACCGGUGAGGGCCUCGCCUACCGAGGCACCGUGGCCGUGACCGAGUCCGGCAAAACCUGCCAGACCUGGUCGGCCCAGACGCCGCAGAAACACAACCGCACCCCGGACAACUACCCCUGCAAAGGCCUCGAUGGAAACUACUGUCGUAAUCCGGACAAUGAGAGGAUGCCCUGGUGCUACACCACCGACGCCGAGACGCGCUGGGAGUACUGCAGGGUGCCGAGCUGUGGAGCCGGAACAGACGAGGCCAUCGCCCCCCCGGAGGAGGACGACUGUUACGUGGGCGAUGGGACGAGCUACCGUGGAAUCACGUCAGAGACCAUCAGCGGAAAGAAAUGUCAAAGCUGGAACUCCAUGACUCCUCACAGCCACAAGAAGACUCCACAGGCGUACCCUGCAGCGGACCUCAGGAGGAAUCUGUGCAGGAACCCAGAAGGAGACCGAGCUCCUUGGUGUUACACUAUGGACCCUAGUGUCCGCUGGGAGUAUUGCAACUUGGAAAAAUGUAGCGCCAUCGUUCCAGGACCACCAGGACCAGCCCCACCCAAACCCACCGUACCCCAGAUCCCUUCCACCGUCACCCAGGCCCCAGCAGCGACAGACUGUAAGAUUGGAAGUGGAGGAACAUACCGAGGUCCAAUCUCCAUCACAAUCCUGGGUGUGACCUGCCAGGCCUGGAGCGCUCAGAGUCCUCACCCGCACAGCAGCUUCACCCCAGCGUCCCACCCCACCAAGGGCCUGGAGGGAAAUAGCUGCAGAAACCCAGAUAACGACGUGAACGGGCCGUGGUGCUACACUACCGACAGGAACAAGAAGUGGGACUACUGUCAGAUCCCUGACUGUGUUGGACUGGAAUGCGGUUCACCAGUCACCAAACCCAGGCGUUGUUUCGGUCGUAUUGUCGGAGGCUGCGUAUCCAAGCCUCACUCGUGGCCGUGGCAGAUCAGCCUCAGGACCAGUGCGGGAUUUCAUUUCUGUGGAGGAACUCUGAUUCACCGUCAGUGGGUCCUCACGGCUGCCCACUGCCUGGAGAGGUCCAAGCGGCCUAGUGCAUACCUGAUUGUCAUGGGCGUCCACACUGAGCGAGCCAAUGAGCCGUCCAAACAGGAGCGCAGGCUGGAGAAACUGGUGAUGGGACCGAACGGAGCCGACAUCGCUCUGCUCAAACUGGAGAGUCCGGCUCUGAUAAACGACAAAGUCCUGCCAGUGUGUCUCCCAGAAAAAGAUUACAUCGUCCCCAGUGGAACCGAGUGUUACGUCACUGGUUGGGGUGAGACUCAAGGCACGGGGGGUGAUGGCAUCCUGAAGGAAACUGGUUUCCCUGUGAUCGAGAACAAGGUCUGUAACCGUCCGUCGUAUCUGAACGGACGAGUCAAAGAACACGAGAUGUGCGCUGGAAACAUCGAGGGAGGACACGACAGCUGCCAGGGCGACAGCGGCGGCCCUCUGGUGUGUACCGCUCAGAACAAGUACAUCCUGCAGGGCGUCACUUCCUGGGGUCUGGGAUGCGCCAACGCCAUGAAACCCGGCGUCUACGCCCGAGUCUCCAAAUUCAAGGACUGGAUCGAGGCAACCAUCAGAGCCGGUUAAAGACAGUGGUUGAUUUUAGAUUUUAGAUUUUUGAAGAUGUGCUGACGUGUCUGUUUGGUAUUUUCUGAUGUUAACAAAGUGUCACUGGAGCUGAAGUGAAAUUAAACCGAAGCACAAUAAGCAAAGUUCUGGUAUUAAAAAGUGAAAUGUGUUUUCUGUAAGAGCUGAAAAAUAAAACUUGAUACAAAGGAAA